AUGGGUAAAAGAAAAUCAUCAGCUAGAAAACCUGCCAAAAAGAUUAAACAAACAUUAGAUACUACAUUUACAUGUCUAUUUUGUAAUCAUGAAAAAUCUGUAAUAUGUUCAUUAGAUAAGAAAAAUUUCCUAGGUGAAUUACAUUGUAAAAUUUGUGGUCAAAGUUUUCAAACUUCAAUAAAUGCAUUAUCACAACCAGUUGAUAUAUAUAGUGAUUGGAUAGAUGCUUGUGAAGAUUUAGCUGAAGAAGCAGGUGAUGAUGGUAAUAAUGAAGAAGAAGAAGAAUAUUCUGAUGAUGAUAGACGAAGAGAUACACCAAUAGAUUCAGACGAAUAA